GAAAUUUCCUCAUCAAGUUAUGGAUUAAAUGUCGAAUUUCUGAAGGCAACAUGAUUUUGUCCCCUCUCAGUUUGGUGCUGAUGGUCGGCUCUGCUUGCUUCUGGAGUGCAAUUGCUGAAAAAGAAAUAAAGAUGAUUGAAGAACAGGAUGUUAUUCUACCAUGUCAACAUCGGUUUGGUCACUUAGUAACAAAGGAUCUGGAUAUUGAGUGGCUUUUACAAGACUCUGAACCAAAUCAGAAAGUUGUGAUCACCUACUCAUUGGGUUCUGUGUAUGAGAACAUAAGUGCAAAUCAGAUAGGAAGAAUCUCCUUUGCAGGAAAAUACAAGAUGGGCGAUGCUUCCAUUAAAAUUUCCUCCCUGCAGCAAACAGAUUCUGGACUGUACACAUGCAAAGUAAAGAAUGCAGGAGAGUAUGAUUUGAAGCCUGCUAUUAGUCUUGUGGUUUUGGUCAGACCUUCUAAACCCAAGUGCUGGACACAAGGGCAGUUACUGCAAGGAAAUGACGUCAAACUUCAAUGUAGAUCAGAGAAAGGCACUGAACCUAUCUUCUACAGGUGGGAACAUCUGGAUGCAGAAGGACAAAAGGCCAAAGAUCAAACCCGUUUACAUCUAGAUUCAAAAACCCCAGAAAUGUUGCUGCUGAGGAACUUGAGCCACACGAAUGCUGGAGUGUACCGGUGCAGUGCUACCAAUGAGGCAGGGCAGGAAAGCUGCUCGGUGAACAUCACAAUUAUCUAUGCAAAAGACCCUGGGAUCAUUGCUGGUGCUGUUAUCGGAGUUAUACUUGGGCUGCUGUUAAUCUUCCUUAUUGUUUGGUUUACACUAUACAGGAAAGCAAAACAUAAAUAUGAGGAAGAGGAACAACCGAAUGAGAUAAGGGAAGAUGCUGAGGCACCAAAGGGAAAGCUUAGCAGCGCACAGUCCUCUGUGGGUACAGGAAGCACACAGUCUGGUUCCUGCUCUGUUAAGUCCAUCAGAAAUGGCACCCCCUGCUCCCAGCAACCUCGCACACUAUCAGCCAAAGACGAGAAAAUGCUCAUUUCGUACACACCAACUGAGGAAGUGAAGAUCAACAAGAAUGGACCAACACAGGCACAUAUGAAAAGAAUGGGAGCUGUUCCUGUCAUGAUCCCAGCUCAAACCAGGGCUUUUCAGACUGUAUGAAUACUGUUUGGUUGGGAAAGGGAACUGUUUUACUGGCUCAUUAGGGAGCUUUCACUAAUUGGGGGAGAUACUCAUCUUUGGCUGCCUAAGCUGAACUUGUGUGAUAAUAUCAGCCUGUGGAUGAACAAACAUUUGGUUCUAUUUACUUCAAUGGAAUAGGAUGUUGGAAGGGGAAUAUAAUUGGUCUCAAAUUGGGUUUGUUAUUGGCAAACAGAGACAAAUUUUGCCCAUUAAUUUUAAGACAGGACAGUGUGAAACUUCCCCACCCACAUUUCCAAUGUUGACAUGAGAAAAUUUUGUUGAGCAAACUGGGUAGAAUUACUUAAACCAGACAUCAUCUCAUAUACUGACUGGAUUAGGGAAGUGUAUCCAGAUAUCUUUCGAACAGAUUAAUCUGGUUUGUACAUCAAUGUU